AUGAAGCUCGCUACAAUCGCUUCCAUCGCCGCUGCUGCGUCCUGUGCCUCCGCCAUUGGCGAACUGGGCUUCAACAUCGGAGUCAAGAAUAACGACGGUACUUGCAAAAGCACCCAGGACUACGAAAGCGACUUCAACGUCUUGAAAAGCUACACCAACACCGUCAAGGUGUACGCUGCGUCCGACUGCAACACAUUGCAAAACGUUGGUCCUGCGGCCGAAAAGGCUGGUUUUGGCGUCUUCGUGGGUGUAUGGCCCAACGAUGACGCCCAUUACGCGGCCGAGAAAGAAGCUCUGCAGAACUACUUGCCCUGGAUCAAGUCUUCCACCGUACGUGGUAUCUUGGUCGGAUCUGAGGCCCUAUACCGUGGCGACCUAACUGCUUCCGAACUUUCCGACAAAAUCAAUGAUAUCCGUGAUUUCAUCGCCGACAUCAAGGACUCGGAGGGCAACUCCUACUCUGGCAAGGCCGUCGGUACCGUCGACUCCUGGAACGUCCUAGUCGAUGGCGCCAACGCCGAAGUCAUCAAGUCCUCCGAUUUGAUGAUGGCAAACGCCUUUUCAUACUGGCAAGGCCAGACCAUGCAGAACGCCUCUUACUCGUUCUUCGACGACAUCAUGCAGGCCAUGCAAACCAUUCAGACCACCAAAGGUGCUGACAUUCCUUUCUGGGUUGGCGAAACCGGCUGGCCAACGGACGGUACCAACUUCGAAAGCUCUUACCCAGGUGUUGAAAAUGCUCAGCAAUUCUGGAAAGAAGGUAUUUGCGCCAUGAGAGCUUGGGGUGUUGACGUUCUUGUAUUCGAAGCCUUUGACGAGGACUGGAAGCCUAACACCUCCGGCACUUCCGAUGUUGAAAAGCACUGGGGUGUAUGGUCUUCUGGUGACAGUUUGAAGUACUCUUUGGACUGUGACUUCUAA